UAAAAUAUCUUAUCUUCCCUUAUUUCUUGACUGGUCUAAGCUUCAUCUCUUCCAAAAAUCUUGAAAGCUAGCAACCCUAACUACCACUUUCUUCAUAUAAACAAAAUACAAUGUCUUCCACUUUAUCCCCCUCAACUUCCCUAAAUAACAAUACUCCCAUUAAUCACAACUUUCCAUCAUCACCUAAACCUAGAACCCUCCUCAAAACACUCAACUUUCCAUUCUCUAUCCCAUCAAAACUAACUCUCAUUUCACCCAAAUCUUCCACCACUACAAACUACAAUGAACUCGGGUUGGAUGAGGAAAUGGGCCAAAUCAAAAGGCUUCAAAACGGGUCAGAUGUUCGAGGCGUGGCUGUGGAAGGGGAACCCGGACGGAAGGUGAACCUUACGCCACCUGCGGUGGAAGCUAUAGCCGAGAGUUUUGGAGAGUGGGUGAGAGAUGGAUUGGUUAAGGAGAAAGGAAGACCAUCCGAAGAUGUCCGCGUUUCACUUGGGCGGGACCCGAGGAUAUCGGGUGGGUCGUUGAGUGUGGCAAUAUUUUCGGGUUUGGGUCGGGCUGGCUGUAUAACUUAUGAUAUGGGACUAGCGACUACACCAGCAUGUUUCAUGAGCACAGUGUUGCCACUAUUUUCAUACGAUGCUUCCAUAAUGAUGACAGCGUCUCACUUGCCAUACACACGGAAUGGUCUAAAAUUCUUUACAAAGAAAGGAGGACUAACGUCGUCAGAGGUUGAAGAAAUUUGCAACAAAGCUGCGUUGAAAUAUGCAAACCGGCUAACAAAGGUGUCUACAUUACUCAAGACGACUCCUACACGAGUCGAUUUCAUGAGUGUUUAUGCAAAACAUCUUCGAGACAUCAUUAAGGAGAGAGUAAAUCAUCCACAUCACUAUGACACCCCUCUUGAAGGGUUUCAGAUAAUAGUGAAUGCCGGAAAUGGGUCAGGAGGGUUCUUUACCUUCGAUGUAUUAGACAAGUUAGGUGCAGACACAUUUGGCUCUUUAAACCUUACACCAGACGGCAUGUUUCCAAACCAUAUCCCGAACCCUGAGGACGAGGUUGCAAUGUCUGUAACACGAACUGCUGUGCUCGAAACCUCGGCUGAUCUUGGCAUUGUUUUUGAUACUGAUGUGGACCGUAGUGGAGUUGUUGACAAAAACGGAAACCCCAUAAAUGGUGACAAGUUAAUUGCACUUAUGGCUGCCAUUGUCCUAAAGGAACAUCCCGGUUCGACCAUUGUGACUGAUGCUCGAACCAGUUUGGCUCUCACCCGGUUCAUCACUGAUCGUGGUGGCCAUCAUUGUUUGUAUCGCGUUGGUUACCGGAAUGUUAUUGACAAGGGUGUUCAACUUAAUGAAGAUGGUGUUGAUGCUCACCUUAUGAUGGAAACCUCCGGUCAUGGUGCUCUUAAAGAAAACUAUUUUCUUGAUGAUGGUGCAUAUAUGGUGGUAAAGAUCAUUAUAGAAAUGGUAAGAAUGAAACUAGAGGGUUCAAAUGAAGGAAUUGGAAGUUUGAUAAAAGAUCUUGAAGAGCCACUAGAAUCCGUAGUGUUAAGAAUGGACAUCCUUUCCGAGCCUAAACAUGCCAAGGCUCAAGCCGUUGAGAUCAUAGAGACAUUCAAAACUUACGUACAGGAAGGGAGGUUAGCAGGAUGGGAGUUAGAUGCUUGUGGAGAUUGUUGGGUAAGUGAUGGUUGCCUGGUUGACUCCAAUGACACUCCUGCUCCUGUUGACGCUCAAAUGUACAGGGCUAAGGUUUCAAACAAUGAAAACGGACAAUACGGAUGGUUACACAUCAGACAAAGUAUUCAUAAUCCAAAUAUAGCAGUCAAUAUGCAGUCGUCUGUGCUUGGUGGUUGCUUAUCAAUGGCUCAAGUUUUCUUAGAUAAGUUUCUCAUUCCAAGUGGAAUGGAUAAAGAUCUUGACUUCUCUCAGAUCAACAAGUAUGCUAAGAAUGGAAGCAUGAGCUAGUUAAGUUGGUUUCUGUUUUUGGAAACUUAGCUUGAAAUCCAACGUAAGAAAAACAGAAUGUUGAUGAAAAGUUAUCUUCUACAUAAAAGAUAGAUGGGGGAAAAUCAUUUUAUAUAAUAAAAAAAUAUUUUAGUGACUUGUAUAUCAUUAUCAUGCAUUUUGUACACGUUAGUCAGCAUAUGGUAUGAUAUGAAACUGAACACACACAUGGAAGCAAUAAACGAUACGAGGAGUUAAAGUGGUUC